AUGACCCAAUUUCAGCUUACCGUGGCCACCCGCGGGAACCACGCCGCUCUUCUCCCAGCUGUGCUCAUUGCGACUUCUCUCAACGCCGCUCGUCCCGCUCCGGUUAUCGAUAUUAAUUAUGAGGAUACCGCGGUUUUGAGCGGGGGAGACAAGGCCAUUGUCCAGCUCACUACCAGCGGAAAGUCUGAGGCCGAAUGGAUUUCCCAGCUCGAUUCCCUGGCUACCCUCGACUUCAAGGCGCUUGACCCUACCCUGCAGCGUCUUGAUACCCACCUUCUUCUCCGUUCUUUCGUCUGCGGCUACUCUCUUUCGACCCCAGACAUUGCGAUUUGGGGUGCUCUGCGAGGCAACCGUGUUGCCGUUGCUGCUUUGAAGAAGGGCUCUCUCGUCAACUUGACACGUUGGUACCGUUUCCUGGAGGAGUUGUGUCCCUGGACCGCUGGUGCUGUUGAUGCUCUGAACGCUGCCGCAAAGGAGAAGAAGAGUGCCAAGUCCAAGGAGGGUGCUAGCUACGAUAUUGCUCUGAAGAACACCGAGCAGGGAGUCGUCACUCGCUUCCCUCCCGAGCCUUCUGGAUACCUGCACAUUGGACAUGCCAAAGCUGCUCUUCUCAACGACUACUUUGCUCAUGAGAAGUACAACGGCACUCUUCUCCUGCGUUUCGACGAUACCAACCCCUCCAACGAGAAGCAGGAGUUCCAGGAUGCAAUCGUGGAAGACCUUGCUCUGAUGGGCAUCAAGCCCAACAAGGUGUCCUACACUAGCGACUACUUCGAUGAGCUCUAUUCUUAUGGUCUUGAGAUCAUUAAGGCUGGCAAGGCCUACGCCGAUGACACUGACAAGGAGACUAUGCAGGCCCAGCGUUUCGAUGGUAUCCCCAGCCAGCGCCGUGAGCUUACUCCCGAGGAGAGCUUGACUCAUUUUGAGGAGAUGAAGAAGGGCACCCCUGAGGGUCUCCGCUGGUGCAUUCGUGCCAAGAUCUCUGCGGAUGACAAGAACAAGGCUCUUCGCGACCCUGUCAUCUACCGUUGCAACCCGGCUUCUCACCACCGAACCGGCACCAAGUGGAAGAUCUACCCCACCUAUGACUUUGCGUGCCCUAUCGUCGAUUCGAUGGAGGGUGUUACCCACGCCCUGCGUACCAUCGAGUACCGUGACCGCAACCCCCAGUACCAGUGGAUGCUGGAUGCCCUCAACCUGCGCGGUGUCCAGGUCUGGGACUUUGCUCGCAUGAACUUCAUCCGCACCCUUCUGUCGAAGCGUAAGCUGACCAAGCUUGUGGAGUCUGGCGUUGUCUGGGGCUGGGACGACCCUCGAUUCCCUACUAUCCGCGGUAUCAGACGUCGCGGUAUGACCAUUCCUGCUCUCCGGGAAUUCAUCCUCAAGCAGGGUCCCUCCAAGGCCGUCACUCUCUUCGACUGGGCUCUCAUCUGGGCCACCAACAAGAAGUACAUUGACCCUGUUGCGCCCCGCCACACUGCCAUCGUGAACAAGGACGUCGUCAAGGCUAGCAUCACCAACGGCCCGGCUACCCCGUACACCGAGCAGAAGGCCAAGCACGCCAAGAAUGCUGCUGUUGGCAUGAAGACGGUUGCUUUCAGCUCCAAUGUUCUCCUUGAGCAGGAGGAUGUCAAGCUCUUCAAGCAGGACGAGGAGAUCACCCUGAUGAACUGGGGCAAUGCUUUCGUCCGCAAGAUCACCACUGAUGCUUCUGGCGUCGUCACUGCGCUUGAGCUCGAGCUGAACCCCGGCGGUGAUGUGAAGAAGACCGAGAAGAAGGUCACUUGGCUGGCCACCGAGGGGCAGGAGCUCGUCCCCGUUGAGCUGGUUGACUUCGACUACCUGCUGAACAAGGACUCUCUGUCCGAGGAUGACAAGCUGGAGGAUGUUCUCAACCUCAACACUGAGUUCCGUGAUAGUGCUGUCGCCGACGGCAACGUUUCUGAGCUCAAGGUUGGGGAUAUCAUCCAGUUCGACCGUAAGGGCUACUACCGUGUUGACCGUGCUGCUGCCCCUGGUGUUCCGGCCGUGUUCUUCAACAUUCCCACUGGCAAGCAAAAGUAG